CUGAGACUGAGAGUAUACAAAUAAGGUAUAAAUAAGCCCAGCUACAUGGCAAGAAAAGGCAUGUACAAAGUCAAAGCACUGGAUUUUUCACUUUAAUCCAUUAGCUAAUCCCAUCGCCCAAGUUAUAUAAUAUUGUUUAUUAUUUAUUAUAUUAUACACCGAUCCCUCCGAUCCCCUGGACCCCUUCAUCAUCACCUUCCCGCUUCCAUCUCAAUUGCCUGAUUCUCGGUAUCAACCGUCCCUUACCUUACCUCACCUUAUUCUGAACAACGAAAAGAAUCAAGAAGCCAUCCGGCAUCAUGCGCACCAACUUCCUUGUCUCGGGCAUCCUUGCGGCCUGUAACUGGCACGCCACCGACUUCACGUGGGGCUCAUCGCCCGGCGGCACGGCGGGCACACUCCACCUGGCAGCCGAGGAGGGCUAUUUCGAAGGCGCGCCCGGGUUCAACGUCGUCUGCCACCCUAUCAUGGUGCAGCGCGGGUGGACGCCGUGCCGGGCACCUGACAACAGCGAGCUUCCGCGUGGGAACCGCGUCGACAUCAUCUGGACCUCGGGCCCCGUGCAGGGACGCUUCUACUUGGGCGCCGCGCAUAUCUUCGAGAUUGCCAAGUGCGGGUCGUGGGUGAACGCCACGGCGAGGACGGAUAUCGAAGUCCCCCGGCCGCCGCAGGCGGGCGCGAGCUUUGAGUUCCCUGUUACGCAUUUGGCUGUGAGCGGGACGGAGCCACCUUUGUCGGAGUAG